CCAAAUCUCAAAUCCAAACCCUCUCCCUCUCUCUCUCUCUCUCUCUAGCUCCGUUUCACACACACUCUCUCUCUGCUCAAUUUUCGGUGUCAUGGAAGGAGUGGCGGUGCCUGUGAAAAAGGAGAUUAUCGUGGUGCCUGAUUACGCCGGCCGUACUGGCGGCAGUGAUGUUGUCGAUAUCGGCAGCGGUGGCGGAGACGGUGGAACCGGUAGUGGGUCGUCGUCGUCUUCGUCUUCGCCGGCGCUGGUGUUGCCGAGGCCCGUGGAGGGGUUGCACGAGCUCGGUCCGCCGCCGUUCCUGACAAAGACGUUCGACAUAGUUGAGGACCCGGAGACGGACCAGAUCGUGUCAUGGGGUGUCAGCGGCCGGAACAGUUUCGUCGUCUGGGACGCGCACGAGUUCGCCAGCACUCUGCUUCCCAGAUUCUUCAAGCACAGCAACUUCUCCAGCUUCAUUCGCCAGCUCAACACUUACGGCUUCAGAAAGAUCCACACGGAGCGAUGGGAGUUUGCAAAUGAAGGAUUUCAGAAGGGGAAAAAGCAUUUGCUGAAGAACAUCAAGAGGAAAGUACAACACAAUACGCAGCAACAAGGAGCAAAAACAACCUGUGUUGAACCAUCCAAAGCUGGUCUGGAAGCCGAGCUUGAGAGAUUGAAGAACGACCAGAACAUAUUGAAAAUAGAAAUCCUGAAACUGAGGCAGCAACAGAAGAGCUCACAGAACCAGCUCUCCGUCUUCGAACAUCGCAUACAAUGCACCGAGUGCAAACAUUGGCAAACAUGUGUUUUCCUCUCCAAAGCAGCUAAGAAUCCUUUCUUUGUCCAACAAUUAAUCCAGCAGAAGAAACAGAAAAGACAAUUGGGCGGCAUUGAAGUUGGAAUGAGCAGAUUGGUUGUGACAGAGAGUAGUGAAAUUUCUGCAGAGCUCAAUUUAAGAAACAAAGAUCAGGAAGAAGACCCAACUGUUGAAUCCAGAAGGCAGACUUUGUUCUCCUCUACCAUGGAUGAUGAAUCGGGCAACUCUGUUCAGGACAAGAGCGUUGGUGCAUUUUCUGAGAAGAGCUACCCAGACUUGCUUUCUGUCAACUCUCUUAUGUUGGAGAAAUAUCUAGAUGAGUGUGAGAAUGAAGCAGCUAAUGCACUGGCUGGGAAUCAAUCAGAAGUGCUCGAGUUGGAAAACUUGAUUCAGAAGCCCUUAGAUUGGGCUGUAAGAGAUGCACUGUGGAGCAAAUUAGAAGGAGUUGAAGAUGCAGAUAGAUCAGUGGAUGAGCAUUUUGUUCCUUUCUAGAGAGACCCAUGUUCAUAUCUAUGAAGCUAUUGUUCAUUCUACCCAUCCUCUUGUGAGGCUGUAUGGUACACAGGCUAGGGCGCGGUUUCUCUUUACGUUCCUUUUUCCUCUAUAAUGUUAUGCAUUACCUUUUACUUUAGUGUUUGAUUGAGGUCUUUCAUAUCUUUGAUUUCUGCUUGUAAAUCCAGUCUGUGCACCAUUAGUUCAAGAAUGUUGUAGUCAUGGACUUUUCUAUGUUUGUUGAUUGUGAAGUUAUUUUUUAACAAUGAAAUGUGUGUGUUAUCCAGUGUUA